UUUACUAUUGUACACUUUACGGAGAGAGCUGAGAGGGAUAUUUAGUCUCGUACACCUUUACCAUACGGAGACAGCAGAGAGGGAUAUUAACUCCUGCACACCUUUACCAUACGGAGAGAGCCGACAUGGAGUCCACAAUCUCAUCAAUCGUCACCAAACUGAAUCUGGAAAUGGAGCGACAGCUCCUUCAACUUUUGCCCAAACCUGUCAGGCUGCAUCUGCUUUACCAAGCCAGCACGCAUGGGUUUAAUUUAAGCACUCUGAAGGAUAGAUUUGAUAAAGUUGGGCAGUUUAUCAUCAUCGUGUAUCUGAAGAGGGGUGAAGCAAGGGGAGCUUACCUUGGUAGAGAUUUGAAUCAAAAUAAGCAUCAGAAAUUGUUUCUUUUCAAUCUGACAUCACAACAAGCUACUUCAAUCCCUAAUAAAUCGAAGGCUGAAGCGGACGUGGACCCAUGCAAAUAUGGAAAGGCUUUCAAAUUGAGGAAAAUAGAUUUUGGGGUCUGUGUGGAUUUCUCCUCUGAUGAAGUGUACAACACAGGCUGGGCAGAGGAGUCCAUAACCAACAGGGAUGGAUCGCUCACAGAGGUGGAGAUGUUUCGGGUUCAUGAUGUUGGAGACAUUCUUCUCUAUCCCUGGAGAGAGAUGGUCUGGAAAGAGAGUACAAGAGAGGAGCUCAGGCAGAGUGUUGUGUCCCACAAGGUGUUGAGCGACUCUUUGAACAGUGCCAGGGUCCUUUUGCUGGGGCCAACAGGGGCGGGAAAGUCCAGCUUCAUCAACUCCAUGAGGUCUGUCAUGUACAGACAAGUCAUCCACCUGCCCAUUAUUGGUGCUGCACCGGAGGGAUUCACAAAGAAGCUGAAGUCCUACCCCGUCCGAGUGGAGAGAGGUGGAACGCCCACCUCACUGACGCUGUGUGACAUGCCCUCGGUGGGCGACUCAGACUCAGAGGGCCUGUCCUACUCAGACACCCUGGCUGUCCUCAACGGCCAUGUCUCCGAUGGAUACAAGUUUGGGUUUGAGAGCCCCAUUAGUCCUACAGACCCGUGCUACAGAGCCGAGCCCAAGAUGCGGGACCGGAUCCACUGCGUGGCGUUCUGUCUGAGUGCGUCGGAGGUGACGGACUGUUCAGCGACGCAGCAGAAGACAUACAGGAAGCUCCACGCAGCCAUCUCUGCCCUGAAUAUUCCCCAGGUGAUUCUACUCACGCACGUGGACCAAGUGUGCCAUGCUGUCAAGGAGGAUGUCUGCCAUGUCUACACCAGCCGUAUAGUACAGGAGAGGAUGCAGAAGGCUGCGGAGCUGCUUGGGAUGUCUCUGUCCUGCGUGUUCCCCUUGAAGAACUACAGCUCUGAGCAUGCGGUGAACUGCAACACGGACAUCCUGCUGCUCACAGCGGUUCAGCACAUGCAGGACGCUGUGGACGAUGCUCUGGAGGACCUGGGGGACACCUCUGCAGUGGGGUGCUCUUCCUCUCGGCCUCCUCCCAGCCCAGAAUAGACAAUGGGUCAGAGCCCGUCUACGGAGAGCCUUGCCACCAUUGUAACGACUUUUGGUUGCAGUUCCACCAGAAUUCCACUGGGGGCGAUCGCCUGAGUGCAGAAUGAAUGGGAGUCUAUGGAGCUAGACGGCUAAAUUUAGCUCUUUCACCCAGUUGUCGUUGAGAAAUCUCAGAUUUGAUUGUAGUUUUCGUAAGUUCAACAUGGUUAUAGGUGAAAGUUGAAUGAACGAGUACUUAAGUCCUUCCAAUUUCUUACAGGUUGAGUUGUUGCCCAUACCACGCUAGUAUUCUGCUAAUGAAGCUUGAGUGUAUGACGUCAUUUACAUUUUAAAAGACGUUUUAAAGCAAAUAAGUGACUCUAAAAAAUCAAACACAACGCAAUGCGUAAUUUCUUUGCAUCCCCUUUCGAAAACAACAUUCAAAUUAAUUGACGAAAAUUUAUAUUCUGAGAAAAGUGGAUUUUGAGGGGUAUUGCUCCAUAGACCUCCAUUCAUUCUGCACUCCAAAUGUGAGCGUCCUCAUAUGGAACCAGUGUGGAACUGCAAUCAUUUCAAAUCCGGAAGUAUAACGACAGUGGCAGUUCUCCCCUUAUUAGACAUUCUCUGCAAUGGGUGCUCAUUUGGGCUUUUAUGCAUCCUCCCUCCCUCCUUGGGCCUCGAUCCUCACUGAUCUACAUAAAGAAUGAUGGGGCGGCAACAGUGGGAUAGUCUCUAGUGUUAGUUAUAGAUCAGUGGGAACGCCCCUCGAGGAUCGAGGAGAGAUGUUGAGAGGCACCCUAUGUGGCUGCAUGGUUGAUAACAGUCCCAGCUGCACUGUACUGUAUGAUUACCCAUAUGGAAAAGAUAUAGAAAAACGAUUUUUAUAUGACAGUGAAACCAUUAUAAGAUCCUUGCUAAAUCUGUGUAACCUGAAACAUAUAAAACAUUGUAACCUGUAAGGACUAUACUGUAUAUGACGUUGUAUGAGGAAAACGAGAAAGGGGCCACUUUCAAGAGUAAAUCAUACAAGUUUUGUAUAUAAAACACAUGCUGGCAGUAUACGUUUUUUCUAUAUCUUUCCAGCCAGUCGGCGUCGGCGUCGGGGCUAAUUUUGGCCAGUUUUGGCCGACUUGACAUGUAGAGUCGGCCAGUGGCCGUCGGUCUCAAUUACCAAUCUGAUUGGUUGAGUCCUAACCCUUCGUAACAUCUAGGUAGCAGAGGACUUAGUUUAAAAACUAAUCAUUAGCCUUACAUUCAGCGAUGUAAGUUUCAAACUCAUUUUGAUAAACCUUCCUAACAUAUUUUUGCUAAAACUAAGUUUCUGAACGUGUUAUUUCAGGUUAUUCACUUUUCGUUUACUGUGCUAAUAUUAGCUAGCAAGCUAGCUAGGUUAGCGGGCGAAAAUUCAUUUAUUCCGUGCCCAAGAGAGUGUUUCGUUGGCCUCACACACAAGCAAUGGCAAUAAAAUAAUACACACUAUAUAAUUAUAUUUAUAUCUUCUUAUUGCUUAAUCAGAGAAGUCCGAAAACUAGUGGCAAUUGGUUCCGCGAAUCCUGCAUGAUAUCUACUCGGCUCGGCUGACUCUGAAGUAGGGUUGCCACCUGUGUCUGACCAAAAUCCUGGACAUUUUGGCAACCCAAUCAAGCCUUUUACUUAUAAGCAGCGGCGACCUUCAUACAUCUAACCCAUGACAUAAAUUGCCUCACUACAGCGAAACAGAUGUGUUUACUAACAUUAUUACUAUACAAUUAUUAUUGGCUAUAUAUUAUAUUAUUUUGUUUUUAUAAUAUAAUUGUAAUACUAUUCAUCUGCUAGUGAUUUGUUGAGUUAGUUGCUUUCCAUAAUAUGUCUAAUCAUUAUUAUCUUGGCUGAUUUAGUGGGCACAAGUAAAAGGUGGAUUUAACGCAUCAUAUAGAACAGGGGUGUCCAAACUUUUUGGCUCAAGGGCCACAUUGGGUCUUGAAAAUGAAUAAUAUCUUAUAUUAGAGAGAGAGCUAUAUCUUAUUAUAGAGAGAGAGCUAUAUAUAUAUAUAUACAGAGAGAGAGAGAGGCUAUAUGAAUAGUAAUUUUGUUUAAUACGGUUAUUAUGAUGCUGUUAAAUUCAUUUAUAAAUGGUGCACUGUUACUUUAAGACUCUUGCCGGCUCAGUGGCUCUCAAAGUUUAUAAAUGCUCACAGUGCAACUGCUCUUCACAUUUUUCUUACGUUUCUUAUACAAAUUAGACAUCAGUUAUCAACAAUGAGCUGGCGCUCUCUCUCCCUUUCGUGCACGCUAAAACGAUUAAUAACGUUAUGAGUAACAACGCAAAUUAGAUUUGCUGCAAUAGAGAUUCCAAAGAGUAUCAUCUCUAACAUGGUGUUUUGAUAUUGACAUUGUAAACGUUCUCUAAGAAGAGUGUAAAGCAGUUUGCAGUAGGCUAAUGUUAACCAUAACGUCGUUGCUGGAAAGAAACAGCUAACAGCCAAUGAUAACCUAAGUGUGGCGGGCCAGAUCUAUGAUAAACGAAUGCAUGCUCCGGUGUUGCAACACAGUCUCACACCCAACUCGUCGAACGAGGACGCUUGGUCAAGCCCCCUGGCGUCAAUAUCGGAAGCCGAACGUGCCCCUGCGUGUUCAUAUGCUCAAUGAGAAGCGCUGCCUAAUCGGCGGUCCGCAUUAAAGUGCGUGGCACACGGUCCGUAGCUUGAACAACCUAGAAAAACCGGGACAUUCAGUGUCCCGGAAGAAUAUUUUUUUCCCCUGGACAGACCAUUAAAAACCGGGACAAUCAGGUGAAACAGGGACAGGUGGCAACACUACUCUGAAGCCUGCAGUUAUUGGUAAUGUAUCGCAGUUCACGCACGCGCAGAACAUACAAUUGGCGUCGACGUCGCCUCGGUGUGUUCAGUGGCACUUUUUUGACCGACCAGGGGAGACGAGAGCCCGAUUGAUAGUCCGACUGCUUUUCUGCCGAUGGUCGGCCGGUCGGGUUGGUGUGUUCAGGCCUUUAUUGUUUGUCUCUGCUCACCUUUAAAAUUACGUUCAACAGGCACACAGCACAUUCCACGCAACUAAACACCCCUGACACGACUGAUUACUGAUCUUCUCCCAGCUGACUUGGAUUCGUUUCUCAGAGCAACGUUAUUAUUGUUAAAUAAAUGUGAGUUUUCAUUGCAUCGUACACGCCUUUGUCCAGUCCACCCCUUUAAUUUCAGGCUACCCUAGGCCUUAACAGUGUGUCUGAGUCUGCAGUUCCGUGGAGUUGCCAAGAGGGGGCGCUCGAUGACCAGUGUGUCUCUACCAGCAGUUCAGCAUGUUAGCCAGAGGGGGCGCUACAUGGCCAGUGUGCCUGAGUCUGCAGUUCAGCAGGCUAGCCAGAGGGGGCGCCACCACACACAGCUCGUCUCGGCUCGGCCACACUGAUAGAGAAUGGAUUUGCUUCGCCCACUCGAUUAUCUGUGCCAGAAUAUCUGGGAUUUCACUUUAUAUGUAUUUUUUAAAAUCAAACAUAUUUCACAUUAUGUCUUUUCUUACAUGAAACACAUUUCACAUUAUACAUUUUGUAAAUGAAAUAAUUUUGCAUUAUUUUUUUGUUUUAAAUGAAACUGAAUAGUCUUUCUGUCAUCAUUAACUCUGUGCUCGCUUCACAGUAAACUUUUACCUGUUGCACGUCGUGAGGCCUUUUACUUCAAGCAGUAAGUACCCUCAUGAAUCUACAGGAACACAAUUCAAUUUAAGUUGAAUUCAAUAAAAAGUUUGGUGUGCAUUUUCAGUUUUAUUUGUGUAU